CCUAUAUUGUUUACAUGGGUGACAUUCCAAAGGGAGACUUCUCUACAUCAUCCCUGCAUAUAAACAUGCUGCAAGAAGCUCUUGGCAGUGGUGCACCGACAUCUCUGAUCUACAGUUAUGGCAAGAGCUUCAAUGGAUUUGUUGCCAUGUUAACACAUGAGGAGAUGGUAAAAGUAGCAGGAAUGGACGGGGUGGUUUCUGUGUUCCCCAAUGAAAAGUAUAGGCUCCAGACGACAAGGUCAUGGGACUUCAUGGGCUUCUCCGAAGAAGUUAACAGAGCUACGCUUGAAAGUGACAUUAUCAUUGGAGUCCUUGACACUGGAAUUUGGCCGGAGUCUGAUAGCUUCAAAGAUACAGGUUUUGGUCCACCACCAAGCAAAUGGAAGGGCACUUGCGAAACCUCACUGAACUUCACCUGCAACAAUAAAGUCAUUGGAGCACAAUUCUAUCGAAGCAAUGGCACCUUAGAGGAAGAUGACAUCUUGUCUCCAAGAGACACAAAUGGACAUGGAACACACACAGCAUCAACAGCAGCCGGAGGCCUAGUUAGCAUGGCUAGCCUGUACGGGCUUGGUUCGGGGACUGCUAGAGGCGGUGUCCCGGGAGCACGUAUUGCUGUAUACAAAAUAUGUUGGGCCGAUGGAUGUUAUGAUGCUGACAUUCUAGCAGCAUUUGACGAUGCUAUUGCAGAUGGUGUUGAUAUAAUCUCUCUUUCAGUUGCGGGGCACUCUCCCAAACCCUAUUUCAAUGAUUCAAUAGCAAUUGGAUCUUUUCACGCCAUGAGGAACGGGAUGCUGACAUCGACGGCAGGUGGUAACGAUGGCCCUGCCACUGGAACCGUUACAAACGUUGCUCCUUGGUUUCUUUCAGUGGCUGCUAGCACCAUAGACCGAAAAUUUUUUACGCGGGUUCAGCUAGGUAACAAUAAUGUUUACGAGGGAAUUUCCAUUAACACGUUUGAGGCAGGAAAUUACACGCAUCCUAUGAUCUAUGGUGGUGAUGCACCAAAUACCACGGGCAACUUUAAUGGUUCAACAUCCAGGUACUGCGGUGAAAACUCAUUGAACCCGGACUUAGUCAACGGUAGCAUUGUGCUCUGUGAUGCCUUGACUAACGGGGAACCGGCACUGUUGGCCGGGGCAGCUGGGAUUGUGAUGGAAGACAGCGGACUCCCGGAUACUGCCGACUCUUUUCCUCUACCAGCAACUGUAGUUGGUGCCCAAGAUGGAACCGCAAUUUAUAGCUACAUUAAUUUGACAAGCGAUCCAACUGCAACCAUAUUCAAGAGCUACGCCGGCAAUGAUACGCAGGCACCAUAUGUAGCCUCCUUCUCAUCAAGGGGUCCAAAUAAAAUUACACCUGAUAUACUCAAGCCGGAUUUGGCUGCUCCCGGGGUCGAUAUUCUAGCAGCAUGGCCAUUAGCAGCAGUGACGAGGGUAAAAGAGGACAGAAGAAGAACACCCUUCAAUAUAAUAUCUGGAACAUCCAUGGCUUGCCCACAUGCCUCUGCUGUGGCUGCCUACAUCAAAUCGUUCCAGCCCUCAUGGUCUCCGGCUGCAAUCAAGUCUGCUAUGAUGACGACUGCAUCUCCCAUGAGUGUGGAAACUAGCCCCGAAGCUGAAUUUGCAUACGGCGCAGGCCAUCUAAAUCCGGCUCAGGCUGUGAACCCCGGUCUUGUCUAUGAUGUCGAAGCGAUUGACUACAUAGAAGUUCUAUGCGGAGAAGGCUACAGUACCGGGUCUCUGCGGCUUGUCACUGGAGAUAGUAGCACUUGCUCGGCAGCCACAAGCGCAACUGUGUGGGAUCUAAAUCUACCUUCCUUCACUCUUUCAACUUCGUCGCCUUCUUUUAGUCAGACAUUCAACAGGACCGUCAUAAAUGUUGGAGCGCCAUCAUCGACGUAUACAGCUACAGUGGUUGCUCCACAGGCACUUGGAAUCUCAGUUGAGCCUGCCAUUCUAACAUUCACAGCUUUCGGGCAAAAGUCAUCGUUCACGGUGACCGUUGAAGGAGCUAUAGCCAGUAGUACUAUAGCCUCUGCAUCUCUGGUGUGGGAUGAUGGGAUCCAUCAAGUAAGGAGUCCAAUUGUCGUGUACUCCUUGUAAUAAUGGCAAUUAUACAGCAA